AUGUUUGGACUGAGCCUAGACCAAGGUACUGUUCGUCUUCUAAGGAGGGCUGUGGCACCCUUCAUUCAGAUGCCUUGCUUCUAUGGCAAAAUGUACAUCUCACCAGAUGACCUCACAUUUAUAGCAGCCUCAACUCCCAACCCCAUCGCCCAUAACCCGAGCGUUGUCACAGCCUUGCGUUUGCGGCCUUCCUUCUUCAACAACUUCAUCUGCGAUGAAAGCCUCUGUCUUGUCAUCGACCUCAACUAUUUGUACCACAUUCUCUGUCAAGCCAGAGAUGACGAUUAUCUUGGUAUCUAUGGUAAUGGCACCCAUGACCGGGUUUCUAUUGUGCUCCUCGGUGCCGCAACUCGGGAUUUCCGUGAUGCAAACAUGGACGUGGUUUCAAUUCACCAUGGUCAGAUGAAUGUACCUCAGUUGCAAUAUGAAUAUCAAGUGAUCGUUGGGAUACCUUCGAUGCUGUUUAGAACUUCUAUCGUGGAACUGCAUCAAUUUGGGGUGACAGAGGUGACAGAUACUCAAGUUACGUUCUCUGUCGGAAAUGAGCGGGUUGUUCUCAGCAAAGAGCUGGAGCAAUGUAUUAUUGGGGGUGCCGUGAGCGAAGAUCCUGUUUCCUUGGUGUUCAGUCUCUGGCACGUUCAGGCGAUGGUGCAUGCUUCAGCUGUGUCAGACAGGGUGUGGUUGCUCGGCCAGUCCAACGGUUUACAUGUCAUGCUGAACUGCCCUGUUGGUGAAAACGGCAACCGCAUGUUUUACUUUGGCUGA